AUGAUCUUUUCUUUGGAAGGUUUCACAUCUGUAAAAAAUAGAAUUCUAAUCCGAACAGUUUUCUUUGUGCUGUUUUGCGGGCUGGAUUUCGAACGAUCCAGAAGGACCCAGAAGCCAUACUUGGUGUCGUUGGAAAGAGGAGACUCUCAUCUUUCCAGAUCUGUCGAGAUCGCGCGAAUCGGACAUGUAACCAGGCGAGGACAUGGCGAUCCCGUCGAAGCCGUUUGUUUUGGUGAAGUCGGACUGAGGACGAGGACAUGGCGAUCCCGUCGAAGCCCGUUAACGGCUGACGAGCCAGAAGGUGGUGGAAGACCUUUCGAGCUAGGCGCUUCACUUGUUAGGUCGUUUCCUUCCUCGUACACUGGACUUUGGAACCCCGGACAGGAGAAAUGGGUUAGGGUGAGGUUCAGAAAUUACCCUUCCUCGUGUUAUCUCUCCUUAGAGAUCGACUGUGAUCUUCAAACCCAAAAACGUGGCCCUUUCCCUUUUCCAGAUCGUGAGAGAUCCUUGGCAUCUUGGUGGAAGAGUCUUGCUUUGAUUGCUCAAUGGACUGGUGAACUCUCUCAAUACGGGCUCUACAGUAGCGUCACUGUCUUUUUGGGCACUUUGGAACAAUUGGGACGUGAGGAGCAAAGAAGGACUUGGUGGAUGGAUUCAGCUCAACCGCACAAGCUUAGGAUGAAGAAGGAAGUCAGCUCGACCCAUCUACUCGACCGGCCAAGGUCCAACUCGAUCGAGCUGCAGAGUCAAUGGUCAAACCCGAAAAAUGUUGCUUCCCUUUUGACUCCCCUUUGA